CAUUGAUAAAUUGUGAUGUCUGCUGAUUGUAAACAGACAUUUGAAACUUCAGUCAGAGGAGAGAGAAGAAGACUGAGCUAAGUUUCCAAACAGCAGACAUCAUGAAAACAGUCAGCAAACGACAAUGGUUUUUCAUUCAUCUACAGUGUUUCCUGGUUGGCAGUUUAGUUGAGUCCUCUCCCCUCUCCUCCACCACCCACUUCCUGUCCGUCACCUCCAAGGUGGGGAACCAGGCGGUCCUUCCCUGCAGCUGGAAGCAGCGCCUGGGGGCGGCGGCCCCGCCGGCCUGCCACAUCCAGUGGACGACCCCGGCCGACACCGUGUUCGAGCAGCGUGGCGAGGAAAAGUGGCAGGCGGAGGAGUUCGAGGGGCGGGUGGAGGUUCCCGAGGAGAAGCUGGGGUCCGGGGACUGUUCUCUGAUCAUCACUGACGUUCAGAUCGGAGACACAGGGAGAUACGAGAGCUUCAUGGUGGUGGACGGAGUGAGGUCAACCAAAACCAGGGUCUUCAUUCAGAGCGUCAAGCUGUCGGUGUUUGACCACAAAUCCCUUCAGUCUCGAGGUCAAGGUGGGGACUUAGUCCUGGAUCUGUACACCCGUCACUCUAUGAGAGUGGUCUUCCAGGGCAGGAAUAGCUCCGAGUGGUCCGACGUGUGGAUGAGGGGGGAUAAAAACAGCGAGCGUCUCCAGAAACAUCUGCUGAACGAGCAGCUGGCGAUAAAGAUGUUAAAGAGCUCGGACGAAGGAACGUACAAAGUUCUGGAUCAAAACGGCCUCGCCGUCAGCACCGUGCAGCUCUCCGUGGAGGACUCCACUGCUCUCAAAAUCACCCAGACUCUGGAGAACCAAGUACCAACAGAUGAUGCUGCCAAAAGCAGCUGUUCGGCUCUUCUCAUCUUCUCUGUUCUGAGUUUCCAAAUCCUUCAUCUCCUCUGAGAAAAGUCCCUCUGCAAAAUAACUGCACGUAUACCAACUGCUUAAUACACUAUAGCCAGCGAACGAUGUAGACGUUCUCUUUCUGUCAGGUGUUAUCAUCGUUUUUAUGACAUUUAACCUGAGUGAUAUUUCUAAUGAGCCAGGUGAGCCGCGUGUGGGAUUGUGGUGAUUGUAAAUUAAGUUCAGAGUGACGGAUCGGAGUGCGUGAGAUGAGAUUUAAAAAUGAAGAAAAGUUUUAUUUUUUUUCUAAAACAUCAUCAUCAACAUUUAAAACAAACUCUGGAGCCAAAUUUCAAACAAAACAAAAUGUGUAUUAAAAGAAUUGUUCUGCAUUUUUGGAUUAUAUAGUUAUAUGAGACCAUUAACUAUGAAGCUUGAAUCAUGAUGUGGUUAGCCUAGCUUAGCACAAAGACUGGAAGCAGAGGGAAACAGCUAGCCUGGCUUUAUCUGAAUUUCAUAAAUACACCAACCAACACCUCUAAUGCUAAUCUAAUCUAAUCUAAUCUAAUUCAUUAACAUGCUUUGUCUAAUUUGUCCAAUCCAAAUCCAAACGAGUGUAAAAACACAACAUAUUUUAAUGGAAGGACAUGUGCGGGACUAUUUCUUGACUAAAGGCAAAAUGUAAUUAUUUCAUGAAUAACUAAGACGAUACAGCGGAAAGGAGCAGCGAAGUAGCUCAGCUCCAAAUAUUGAACAAAAUCCGGUGCACGGUAGCGGUGAGGACCGAAGAAACAAAGCACCGGCACUCACAGAUAAACAGGUCUUUUUUUGUUUAUUGAGGACAAAAAAAACGACAAACAUUUCUUUAUCUAGAAGACAUCAACGUCGUUUUUUGCCCAAAAUAAACAAAGAAAUAACUAAGAACACAGACUGAAG